AUGGAUCUCUUUAUCAUCCUGGUGAUUUGCCUUGCUUGCUUGAUUCUCCUUUCUCUAUUGAAUCAGGGCAAUGCCAGAAGGAAGCUCCCACCAGGCCCCACUCCUCUCCCUAUUAUUGGAAAUGUUCUACAGAUAAAUAUUAAGAAUAUCACCAAAUCGUUAAGAAUGCUAGCGAAAGAGUACGGGCCCGUGUUCACUGUGCAUUUUGGCAUGUCCCCCACUGUGGUGUUAUAUGGAUAUGACGCUGUAAAGGAAGCCCUGAUUGAUCGGAGAGAGGACUUUUCUGGCAGAGGGAGAUUUCCCGUGCUUGAUAAAAUCACUCAGCAUUUAGGAAUUGUUUCCAGCAAUGGAGAAAUCUGGAAGCAAACCCGGCGCUUCACCCUCAUGGUUCUGAGGAAUAUGGGCAUGGGAAAGAAGACGAUUGAAGACCGAAUUCAAGAAGAGGCCAUGUGCCUGGUGGACAUGUUAAAAAAAAAAAAAGGUGCUCCCUGUGAUCCUACUUUCCUUUUUGGCUGUGCACCCUGCAAUGUGAUCUACUCCAUCAUUUUCCAGAAUCGCCUGGACUACAGUGAUGAGACACUAGUAAACUUGAUAAAGUAUUUUCAUGAAAAUAUCACAAUUGCAAGUAGCCCCUGGAUACAGCUCUGCAACGCUUUCCCUUUUCUCAUGGAUUAUUUCCCAGGAAGUCAUAAAAAAUUAUUUCAGAAUUUUCAAAACCAAAAAAAGUUUAUUUUAGAGAAAAUAAAAGAACACCAAGAAUCCCUGGAUCGCAAUAACCCUAAAGACUUCAUUGACUACUUCCUGAUUAAAAUGGAGCAGGAAAAACACAAUAAGCACUCUGAAUUCACCAUGGACAACUUAAUCAUUACAAUAUGGGAUGUGUUUAGUGCGGGAACAGAAACAACCACCACCACCAUCAGAUAUGGAAUCCUGCUCUUGUUGAAGCAUCCUGAGAUUGCAGCAAAAGUCCAGGAAGAGAUUGACCACGUGGUUGGCAGAACCCGGAGCCUGUGCUUGAAGGACAGGGCCAGUUUGCCCUACACAGAUGCUGUGGUGCAUGAGAUUCAGCGAUUCAUUGACCUUGUCCCCUCGAGCUUGCCUCAUGUGGUGAAUCAGGAUAUUAAAUUUAGAGACUACUUUAUUCCCAAGGGCACCAACAUACUGCCAUCUCUUACGUCUGUCCUGUACGAUGAAAAAGCAUUUCCUAACCCAGAGAAGUUUGACCCUGGCCACUUCCUGGAUGAAAGUGGAAACUUCAAGAAAAGUGACUAUUUUAUACCUUUUUCAGCAGGAAAAAGAGUUUGCGCUGGAGAAGGCCUGGCCCGCAUGGAGCUGUUUUUAAUCCUGUCCACCAUUUUACAGCAUUUUACCUUGAAACCUCUGGUUGACCCAAAGGACAUUGACAUCACCCCAACUGCCUAUGGCUUAGGCACUCUGCCACCCUUCUAUGAGCUCUGUUUCAUUCCAGUGUGAAGAAGGGGCAACCUGAUUGUAGCCUGAGCUGCUCCAGUCUCUUCUGGACCAUGCAGACACUUGCUGGUCUGCGGUCCACUAGCUCCUGCCUAUGUAACAACAGAUAUGCCCUCUGUGUUCUGUCGUCUGUCAGGAUGUUCUCCAUCCAUCAAGAGGCACUUCAAAUUUGUCUUCAUGAAAUAAAACUAGUUUUAUCUCCAAUAAA